GCCGGAAGUGCUCCCGGCGGACAGCCGCCAUGGUCAUGCCGCCACACGGCUUCGGCGUCUUGGCCGUAGGCACGCUCCAUAUAUACAUAAAACUGCGAUGAAGAGCUCUCUUACAGUAGUUCUUCCUGCACGUCAUCCGCGCCCACUUCCCUAGUGGAGCUUGCGCGACGAUUCCAUGCCUCUCACGGUAUCGUGAGGCUCGCCGAUUGCGUCUAGUCAUGGAAGACUUCGGCGGCAACAAGCGCGAGCAGGCGCCAAUUAAUCCACAGCCUGAGCCUCGUCCGCCUCAUCCUGAUUUUCAUUCUGACAGCAAAGUUAAAAAGAAGACAAGAGCAUCUCGGCAACAAGUCGCCGUCGCUUGUCUGCCUUGCCAGAAGCGAAAAUGUCGCUGUGACGGGAAAAGGCCGGUGUGCUCCACGUGCGUGACUCGUGGAAAGGAUUGCGAGUACAACAUUGACGAAGGCAUGUCGCGCGUGGCACAUUUAAAAGAGAAAAAUAAAACGCUCGAAGAAACAAGCAAAGAAUUGCAGGCAGUUAUCGAGAUUCUUCGAAAAGGCUCCGACAGCGACGCGGCGGCCGUACUUGCCCGCCUACGGGUAGGUCAUUCCAUAGCGUCGAUUCUCAAGGAAGCGGAGACCAAUGCGAGCUCAUCGCGUUCAACUCAAGACAGUCCGAAGGAGAGAAGAUCCGACUUACGGAGGGGCCUUGAAAUUGACAUCAGAACGGAGAUACCCUCGGUUCUCAAGAACAGCAAGAUCUUUAACCGUGACGAUUGGACCCGAUUAGGCCAAUCAAGAGGUGCGACAACGUUUUUGUACUCGAGUGGACGUAAACACUCAUCACAAGGUAAACAGGCCACAUGGUCGCGGAGCUCUGCAACGUCUCACUCAGCCAACAAUCCUCAAUCUCAAGCUCCAGCUACAGCUCACCGCAGUCCUCCGCUCAUGAUCCAGUAUAAUGAGGCAGGAGCUCUCGGAGACGUCAAGCUACACAACUUUGGCAACCUGGAUUUCUCCAGCGGAAUUCGAGCAAAUAAUUACCCGUCAAGCAUACAAAACCAGCAGGUCUCCAAUCUCUUCACACCUCAGUGGGCGAAGAUGAUCGUUCCAAUCAUGCUGCCAGAGGGACAUCCAAUGAAGGCAAUGCAUGACUCAAUGCUGGAUAUGUGGUCAGAAGGGCGACGCCUGCUCCAAGGAGGCGCAUCUCUACACAGCAUCGCUGGCUCUCAUCCUCAAUUGUCGGCUAUCUUGAACGAUCAAGACUACGAGCGAGCACCCAUACUAUCGCAGUGGGCUAGUCGGUUGGUCUACAGCAUUAAAGAGUCGAAUCGAUAUUUCGUCUGUUAUGCAAGCAUGUACGUGUUUUGGUGGGUUAUGCGGUGGAUGAUAGCACCGUCACCGGAAACGUAUUCGGCUAUUCCAGAAGUUCUCCGGCCGUCGCCUACUCAGCUCUUUAUGCCGCAUCUACUUCCCAUUGAGUUUUUUUCCUGGCCAGGUCUGCGAGACUAUCUGGUUCGAGUGCCCGAGAAAUUCGAGGAAUGGGAAUGGAUGCUGGACAUGAGCCAGAAUGUUGCGUGUGAGUGCCCACUUCCCAAAGAACAGAUCCUAGUUGUAAGCCCUAUCGAUGGCGAACUUGAGCUAAGUCCCGAAGCCUUGGCAUGUGUCAGCGAUGUUGACAAAUGGAGUGUCAAGCCGAGCUUUCGGCAGUACUUUAUGGAUGCAGACAAAUAUAUGAGAAUCAGGUGGGAUGAUGAAUAAUACUUGGACAGCCUGUUUGGCUCAUUCCGAACGCUGCAGGGUGCGGGUCGAUUUAAAACGGACAUUGCGCACUAAAGGCAGCGGUACAGAGAGGGACCAAAUAAGAAUAUCGGCUGAGUUGUAUACAAUAAUUUGCCUUCCAUUGAGUCUUUGUCGGGAAAACUUGAUGAGGCUGUCUUGGCAAACCUAUUGUUUUCUACGUUCAAAACCAGGACCCCAUGUCCCUUUGUGAAGCUCGCUUGUCUGAGUACGAAAGCCCUCGAUUUGGCUUAUCGAAGACAACAAGCGAGCGAGGUGCUGCUGUUGCUCUUCGGCGCGAAACAAAGGGGCAUCCGAAAUGAUUCGAUAUCCGCAGAAAGCACUCUCUCAUCCUUCGUACACUUCGAAGCGCUUUUAAACCCCUGGUAAAAAUAACCGAGGAUCUGCGUUAGGGUUGUAUGCCUUCACGUAGAAGAUGUCUUGCUGGAGUGCGGCUUAUGUACAAACGAUACUAUCAAAGGCUUGUGGGGGCAAGAUAGAGAAUCUUCACAGCGAUGAACCUGUGUACCGAUUG